GGUGGAGGGAGGGAGGGGGUGAGAGGGAAAAAAAAGGAGGAACAGGCUGAGCUGCUCUUUGUUUCUAGCUAGCUAGCAUAGCUUAGCUGAAGAAAACAGGGGACUGGCUCACCGGCGAAAGCUGAUUGCACAUAAUCGCUUUUCUUCUCGCACCUCUCCCGGCUCUGCUGAGAGAUGUCCACUCCGGACCCCCCCAUGGGAGGGACCCCACGGCCCGGCCCUUCUCCAGGCCCUGGGCCCUCUCCAGGGGCCAUGCUGGGUCCUAGUCCUGGGCCUUCUCCUGGCUCUGCUCAUGGAAUGAUGGGUCCUAGCCCAGGGCCACCAUCUGCAGGGCACCCUCUACCUCCUCAAGGACCCUCUGGUUAUCCUCAGGACAACAUGCAUCAGAUGCACAAGCCUAUGGAAGGCAUGCAUGAGAAGGGCAUGCCAGAUGACCCUCGUUAUGGCCAGAUGAAGGGCAUGGGCAUGAGACAAGGUGCUCACAGUGGCAUGGGACCACCACCCAGUCCCAUGGAUACGCAUUCACAAGGUUAUCCCUCUCCUUUAGGUGGUUCUGAACAUGCCCCUAGUCCAGUGCCAGCUAACGGCCCUCCUUCUGGCCCCAUGAUGCCCUCAGGCCCUGGUGGCGUCCCCAUGGAAGGCAAUGAUCCUCAGGCAAUGGGCCAGCAGAAUCGUGGUGGAGGCCCUCCAGCAGGCCCAGGCUCGGGUCCCAGUGGAGGACCCCCAGGUGCUGGUGGACCAGGGGGUGCAGGAGGACCCACACCCUUCAACCAGAACCAGCUCCACCAACUGCGUGCACAGAUAAUGGCCUACAAGAUGCUUGCUCGAGGGCAGGCUCUGCCUGACCACUUGCAGAUGGCAGUGCAGGGUAAGCGGCCCAUGCCGGGCAUGCAGCAGGGCAUGCCCAACAUGCCACCAGCAUCUGGGCCUGGAGCUGGUCCUCCUGGCCCUGGAGGUCCUGUGGGCCCUGGGGGACCUGUAGGCCCUGGAGUCCCUGGAGUCCCUGGACCAGCAGGCCCCAACUACAACAGACCUCAUGGAAUGCCUCUUCCAGGACCAGGACCCUCCGGUGUACCCCCAGGCAUGCAGGGUCAGCCCCCCAAUGGACCGCCCAAAUCAUGGCCUGAAGGGCCCAUGGUGAAUGCUGCUGCUCCAGCCAGUGCUCCUCAGAAGUUGAUCCCUCCCCAGCCAACUGGUCGGCCAUCUCCAGCCCCGCCCUCAGUGCCUCCUGCUGCAUCCCCGGUCAUGCCCCCUCAGACCCAGUCCCCUGGGCAACCAGCUCAGCCUCCGACCAUGAUGCUGCACCCUAAACAAAACCGCAUUACACCCAUUCAGAAGCCUAGAGGCCUGGAUCCUGUAGAGAUUCUGCAGGAGAGAGAGUACAGACUGCAAGCACGUAUAACCCAUCGCAUCCAGGAGCUGGAGAACAUUCCGGGCUCUCUGGCAGGAGACCUGAGGACCAAAGCUACAAUUGAACUCAAGGCACUGAGGCUCCUCAACUUCCAGAGACAGCUCCGGCAGGAGGUGGUGGUGUGUAUGCGGCGUGACACAGCCCUGGAGACGGCGCUUAACGCCAAGGCCUACAAACGCAGCAAGAGGCAGUCCCUGCGUGAGGCUCGCAUUACUGAGAAACUGGAGAAGCAGCAGAAGAUCGAACAGGAACGCAAGCGCCGCCAGAAACAUCAGGAAUAUCUGAAUAGUAUCCUCCAGCAUGCAAAGGACUUCAAGGAGUACCAUCGUUCUAUCACAGGCAAGGUUCAGAAAGUUACCAAAGCCGUGGCCACCUACCACGCCAACACGGAGCGGGAGCAGAAGAAGGAGAAUGAGCGCAUCGAGAAAGAACGUAUGCGGAGGCUGAUGGCUGAAGAUGAAGAAGGUUACAGGAAGCUGAUUGAUCAGAAGAAGGACAAGCGUCUGGCCUACCUGCUGCAGCAGACGGACGAGUACGUGGCUAACCUCACCGAACUUGUGCGUGCGCACAAGGCAGUGCAAGCGCUCAAGGAGAAGAAGAAGAAAAAGAAAAAGAAGAAGACUGGAGAGAAUGGUGAGGGUGGAGCUCUUGCAUUGGGUCCAGAUGGAGAGGCUCUUGAUGAGACCAGUCAGAUGAGUGACCUUCCAGUUAAAGUGAUUCAUGUGGACAGUGGCAAAAUCCUGACUGGUUUGGAUGCUCCUAAAGCUGGCCAGUUGGAGACCUGGCUGGAGAUGAACCCUGGGUAUGAGGUCGCUCCACGUUCUGACAGUGAAGACAGUGGAUCAGAGGAGGAAGAGGAGGAAGAGGAGGAACAGCAGCUUGCCCAGGCUGUGGCCACAGAGGAGAAGAAGAAAAUACCAGAUCCAGACAGUGAGGACGUAUCUGAGGUGGAUGCUCGCCACAUCAUUGAUCACGCUAAGCAGGACGUUGAUGAUGAGUAUGGCUCUGCAGCCUUCGAGGUGGGCCUGCAGUCUUACUACUCCGUAGCUCACGCCGUCACUGAGACCGUGGACAAGCAGUCCACUCUUAUGGUCAAUGGAACACUCAAACAGUACCAGAUUAAGGGUCUGGAGUGGCUGGUCUCUCUGUAUAACAAUAAUCUGAAUGGCAUUCUGGCUGAUGAGAUGGGCUUGGGGAAGACCAUCCAGACCAUUGCACUAAUUACCUACCUCAUGGAGUACAAACGCAUCAAUGGACCUUUCCUUAUCAUUGUACCCCUCUCCACACUCUCAAACUGGGUGUUGGAGUUUGAUAAGUGGGCCCCAUCUGUGGUUAAAGUCUCCUACAAGGGCUCUCCUGCUGCUCGCCGUGCUUUUCUUCCUAUUCUACGCAGUGGCAAAUUCAAUGUGCUCCUUACCACUUAUGAGUACAUCAUUAAAGACAAGCAAGUGUUGGCCAAGAUCCGCUGGAAGUACAUGAUUGUGGAUGAGGGCCAUCGUAUGAAGAAUCAUCACUGUAAACUGACUCAGGUGCUCAACACACACUACCUGGCCCCCAGACGCCUGCUGCUCACAGGGACCCCCCUGCAAAACAAGCUGCCUGAACUGUGGGCUCUGCUCAACUUCCUGCUGCCCACCAUCUUCAAAAGCUGCAGCACUUUUGAGCAAUGGUUCAAUGCACCCUUCGCCAUGACCGGUGAAAAGGUGGAUCUGAAUGAGGAAGAGACCAUUCUGAUCAUUCGCCGUCUGCACAAAGUGCUCCGCCCCUUCCUGCUCAGGAGGCUCAAGAAGGAAGUGGAGGCACAGCUGCCUGAGAAGGUGGAGUACGUCAUUAAGUGUGACAUGUCGGCUCUGCAGAGAGUACUGUACCGGCACAUGCAGGCUAAAGGAGUCCUGCUCACUGACGGCUCUGAGAAAGACAAGAAGGGUAAAGGAGGCACGAAGACACUGAUGAAUACCAUCAUGCAACUCAGGAAGAUCUGUAACCACCCAUACAUGUUCCAGCACAUUGAGGAGUCCUUCUCUGAGCAUUUGGGCUUCACAGGAGGAAUUGUUCAGGGGCCUGAUUUGUAUCGUGCCUCAGGGAAGUUUGAGCUGCUGGACCGCAUUCUGCCCAAACUGCGAGCCACAAACCACAAAGUGCUACUUUUCUGUCAGAUGACGACCCUUAUGACCAUUAUGGAGGACUACUUUGCAUACCGCAAUUUCAAAUACCUUCGUCUGGAUGGAACCACUAAGGCUGAGGACCGUGGUAUGCUGCUGAAGAACUUUAAUGACCCAGCCUCUUCGUACUUCGUGUUCUUGUUGAGUACCAGAGCCGGUGGUCUGGGUCUCAAUCUGCAGUCUGCCGACACCGUAAUCAUUUUUGAUAGCGACUGGAACCCUCAUCAGGACUUGCAGGCUCAGGAUCGUGCCCACCGUAUCGGGCAGCAGAACGAGGUGCGAGUGCUGCGUCUCUGCACCGUUAACAGCGUGGAGGAGAAGAUCCUGGCUGCUGCCAAGUACAAGCUCAACGUGGAUCAGAAGGUUAUCCAGGCUGGCAUGUUUGACCAGAAAUCCUCUAGCCAUGAGCGAAGAGCUUUCCUGCAGGCAAUCCUGGAGCACGAGGAGCAAGAUGAGGAGGAGGAUGAGGUACCUGAUGAUGAAACAGUAAAUCAGAUGAUUGCCAGAAGUGAAGAGGAGUUUGAUCACUUUAUGCGCAUGGAUCUGGACCGGCGCCGCGAGGAAGCACGGAACCCGAAGCGAAGGCCUCGUCUCAUGGAGGAAGAUGAGCUUCCUACAUGGAUUAUGAAGGAUGAUGCGGAGGUGGAGAGACUGACGUGUGAGGAAGAGGAGGAGAAGAUGUUUGGUCGUGGCUCCCGCCAGAGGAAGGAGGUGGACUACAGUGACUCACUCACUGAGAAACAGUGGCUGAAGGCCAUAGAGGAGGGAACGCUGGAUGAGAUCGAAGAGGAAGUCCGGCACAAGAAGACGACCCGGAAGAGGAAGCGGGACCGUGACCUCGACCUCCCGGGUCCAUCCACUCCCAGCUCUAGUGGUGGAAGAAGCAGAGAUAAAGAUGAGGACGGCAAGAAACAGAAAAAACGAGGACGGCCUCCUGCCGAGAAACUCUCCCCCAACCCCUCCUCCCUCACCAAGAAGAUGAAGAAAAUUGUUGAUGCCGUCAUAAAAUACAAAGACGGUAAUGGAAGGCAGCUGAGCGAAGUUUUCAUUCAGCUUCCAUCUCGCAAGGAACUUCCUGAAUACUACGAGCUCAUUCGCAAACCUGUGGACUUCCGCAAGAUUAAGGAGCGCAUUAGGAGUCAUAAGUAUCGCAGUCUGAAUGACCUGGAGAAGGACGUCAUGCUGCUCUGCCAGAACGCUCAAACCUUCAACCUGGAGGGAUCACUGAUCUAUGAAGACUCCAUCGUGCUGCAGUCUGUGUUCACCAGCGUGCGUCAAAAGAUUGAGAAGGAGGAGGAAAGUGAGGGCGAGGAGAGUGAGGAAGAGGAGGAGGAUGCAGAGGAAGGAUCAGAGUCUGAAUCGCGCUCCGUAAAAGUGAAGAUCAAGCUGAGCCGUAAGGAAAAGGCAGAGAAAAGCGGGAAAGGCAGGCGGCGCACCGGGCGAGGUUCACGCCCCAAACCCGUGGUCAGCGAUGAUGACAGUGACGAGGAGCAGGAAGAGGAGCAUUCUGCCAGCGGCAGUGAGGAGGAUUAAACUAUCAGCAGCUGGACCAAGCUCCGUUUCUUCAGCCACCUUAGCAGAAUCUGAUCAUGAUUUUCAUAAUUUUACAUUAAUCAGGAAAACCCAGAACAGAGGGUCCAGUUUUUACUCUUAACUGAAUUGAUUUGAUUUUUAGUCAGAUUGUAUUCAUGAUUAGUAAUUAUAACAUCUUGUGCAGGUUUUUGCAGACACAAAAUAGAUAGGCUUUGGAUAAUGUUGUUCGGUUUUAAAUGGAGGAUCCUUGUAUACGAAGUAAUGCAGUCCAACCUUAUAAACUGUGUCUAGUAAAUUAGCCCUCAUAUUUAAACAGGCAUUCCCAGGUUAUAAAUAUAUAAAUAUAUAUAUUAGGACUGUUGUUUUGUUGUUUUCUGCCUUUUGAUUUGUUUUUUGUUUUUGUUUUCUAUUGAAACUGAUGUUGACUGUGGCGUAAGCUGACCGGACUGUGGACCACUGGGAGAGUUAAUCUGACUGUUUUAGAUGGCUUGUUUAGUUUUUCUGUCAUUACGAUCAGUGUACGGAAGUUACCGGUGCGUGUUUUUUAAAAGCCGCUCCAGAGCGCAUGUUGUGCGAGUCUGUAGAGGAGCAAUGUUGAAUGGGUUGUUCUACCAUUAUUUUCUCUUUCAAUUCACUUUUUUUCUUGUCUCUCCAUUUCUUCCCUGAGGUUAAUUUAAGGAUAUUAGCAGGAUUAAGGUACUUUCUCCCUUGUUGAUCUCCAGUCAGUGAGAAGGAGAGGUAGCGCUUAGGACUCAGUACUGUGUCGGUGUCACUGGAUUUCAAGAAGUAUAAUAAAGGCAUCUCACAAAUA